AUGAAUAUUCUUAACGUUGGGCUUCCUGAGUUAGGUAGUUGGUUACAAGUAAAGAUAUUCGAUUGUGAAAACAUGAUGUCGUAUAAAACAUUAAUCAACGACAUUUGGUUCUCUCAUCGAAGCAAUUAUCAAACAUGGCCAAGUAUGAAACUUGUCUUAAUCGGAUUGCAUUUUUUGGAUUACUUCACUUUUGUGCCGCCAAAAGGUAGCUGUGGAUUAGCUACUUAUAUUGAAGCACUCAAAUCCGGACCGUCACAGACAAAAUUGGAAUACCUGAAAAGUGAAAAUCAUCACAUUUUAUCUUUAACGCACUACGACCUGCAGUCCUCGCAGGUUCUUCAUCAAUGGAAUCUAGCUGGAUUAUACGAAGCCACAAGUUGGUUAUCGGAUGUGAUCAAAUUUAAAGCAACCAAGAUUGUACCUAAUGAACAUGUAUUUAAG